AUGUCCACCGUCUCAUCAUCAACCCUCAAUCCCCAGGGCCAGGGAGUCCGCCAAUCGGCCCGCCAAACACGCACAAACCCAUCCCGAACCUCCAAAACCGUUGGACGUUCCUCCUUUGGCUUUGGCCGUGGUUCACCUGCUGAGAUCCCUUCUACUCCCCCUGUUCCUCAUGGCUUUUAUCCUGCCCUCACGCACUUUACCGACGCGAUCACCGCUCUCCCGCGUGAGUUCCGUCGACACAAUUCCCUGUUGAAAGAGGUGGACGCUAAGGCUGUCGCAACCGGUUCCUCAUCCCCCCACCCUGCGCCUAUUGUUGCCGGUGUGGUGCGAGAGGAUGUAUUACCACAGGAGCUUUCCCAGUCCGAGUCAUCCAACAGCAGAGAUCGUCGCCUCCUCUUCGAUCGUGUGCGCCAGAGCCUUUCCGACCUCAUGAUGACUGCCGAUGAAAAGAAUCACGUCAUUUCGAAUGCGAACGAGGAAUUGGACCGUCAGGUCGUUCGCCUGGAUACCGUUUUUCCGUACAUUGCGGGUGAGAUUAGCGAGGAGGCUCGCCUGGGUAGCUUGACGCACUGGGCAUACUCUAACAAGAAUGCUGUUAAGACGGCGGCCAACGAGCGCCCGCGCCGGGAAGCAGUAUCACACAGGCAGGACCUGUCGCAUGCGCUUCACGAGGCUGAAGCUGCUAGUCGCAGCGAAGCAAGACGCGAGGCGGUUAUGGCACGGAAGCAGCGCCGGGGAAAUGUCGAUGCCGACUAUGAAGAUUCUCGCGGGACUCGAAAGACUGCAAAUACAAAGUCUCGUGGGGAUAACGCGGUGGCUGAGCAGAAUGCCACGGCUAAGCGUCGGAGGGUCGACAAAGAACGACCUCCUGCUAUCGAUAUGGGUGCACCGAUGGAACGUACUGCCAGUGGCGCAGGUAGCCAAAGAGCCCUGAACAAGGAUGGAGUGGAGAAGAAGAGGUCUCGCGCUCCCAAUGCUGGUACCACUGCAGCUCGCAAGAAGACCAUUGUCACUUCCAACGCCGGAUCGCCUGUCAUGGCCCCUUCCCCUCUUAUCGGCACGUUCAAUGCUCCACGUGGAGCUGGAAGCCCUGGACCAAACCCAGCACGGCCCCAGUCCUCACGAGCUCAGCAGAAUGCGGGGCAAACCAACAAUUCCCGACAAAGACCAUCAUCAUCUGCGUCCAAUCGCAUUGCUCAAUCAACCACCAAACCCGCCGAUUCCAGAUCAACACCUCGCGACGGCCCUCUCAAAAUCGAAGCAGCCAACACCGACCCAAGCCGCGACUAUGACGGCGAGACUGGCAUGCGAACAUCUGCGCCCGCAGGAGCCAAACAAGACGACCUGGAUGGACGACCUACUGAUCCCCUCGAGUCCGAACCGUCCAAAGGCCGAACCUCCAAGACCUCCACACCACUGCUAUCUACCUUGGGAGAGCCUGCUCAGUCUCGCUCUAGACCAACGCGGAGUACAGAUCCGGCGCCCAAGCGCAACGCCAAGAAGUCCGUGGCGCCGGUACCUGCUAUACCAUCCGAUGAGGAAUCCAUUCACGAAGGCGACGAUGAAGAUGAGGAAGGCGAGCCUCGAUACUGCUACUGCAAUGAGAUCAGUUUUGGCGAGAUGGUUGCCUGCGAUAAUGACGCAUGUCCGCGCGAAUGGUUCCAUCUAUCUUGUGUGGGGUUGACGAAACCCCCUGGGAAGAAUGUAAAAUGGUACUGCAACGAGUGCAAGGAGAAUAUGCGAAGGGGUCGCAAUGGACGAUAG